ACCCAGCCAAUCUGCCCAGCCGAUCCACCCAGUCGAUCUGCCCAACCCACCGAGCUCCUCGACAAGCGAGCGAGCAAGCGAAUCUUCCAGUGCCCAUGCAGACUGCCUCGGAGAUUGCAUCCGAGAUCGUCCCGAUCGGUGGGACAGCAGUUGCCGUCGCAAACAUCAACGUGGCGGCCCUGGCCGAUCCAACAGCGCCGGUAUCCUGUCGCAACAUCCGCUGUCGUCGCCCUGGUCGAUUUGAAAUCCUCCUUGCGCCCCACAGCCCAGCCGCGCGAGGGGUAUUUCAACCCCUGAUGCCUGCUCCCUCGUUCCGUCUGCCAGCAUAUCCUGCCACCGGCUCCAUCCGAACCAGCAUCCCCAGCACUGCACCGCCAUGUCUGUCCUCCAGCGUCGUCUUGGCCGCAACGGCCCCUUGGUGUCUGCCCUCGGACUCGGAUGCAUGGGCAUGAGCGACUUUUAUGGUGCCCGCAACGAUGAGGAGUCCAUCGCCGUCCUCAACCGGGCUAUCGAUCUCGGCGCCACCUUCUGGGACACGGCCGAUAUGUAUGGAUACGGCGACAACGAGCGCCUCCUCUCCAAGGUCCUGGCCACCCGCCGCGACGAGGUCUUCCUGUGCACCAAGUUUGCCGUCGUCCGCGAUCGCAACGAUCCGACCGCUCGCGGCAUCUCGGGCAAACCCGAAUAUGUCCGCAAGGCCUGCGAAGCGUCUCUGGAGCGGCUCGGCGUCAAGACCAUCGAUCUGUACUAUCAGCACCGAGUGGAUACCUCGACACCAAUUGAGGAGACUGUCAAGGCCAUGGCCGAGCUUGUCAAGGAGGGAAAGAUUCGAUACCUGGGUCUGAGCGAGUGCAGCGGCGAUACUCUCCGCCGUGCCUAUGCCGUCCAUCCGAUUGCUGCCGUCCAGAUCGAGUACAGCCCCUGGACCCUCGACAUCGAGACCAACGGCCUGCUCGAUGCCUGUCGCGAGCUCGGCGUCGCCAUCAUCGCCUACUCGCCCCUCGGCCGCGGCUUCCUCACGGGCCAGUACAAGAGCGUCGAGGACUUUGAGCCCAACGACUACCGCCGCACCACGCCCCGCUUUGCCGGCGACAACUUCCAGAAGAACCUCGACCUGGUCCACAAGAUCGAGGAGCUCGCCAAGGCCAAGGGCGUCAGCACCACCCAGUUCGUCUUGGCCUGGGUGCUGGCUCAGGGCGAGGACUUUAUCACCAUCCCUGGCACCAAGCGUAUCAAGUACCUCGAGGAGAACAUGGGGGCAGUCAAUGUGGAGAUCACUGCCGAGGACAAGGCCGCAGUCCGCAAGAUCCUGGACUCGUUCGAGGUCAGCGGCACCCGAUACGACGCCGCAGGCAUGAGCAUCCUCAACCGUUAAAUCUUUGGCGGCGCGCGGAUGAUAUGCUGGCGAGCGGAAACGCGAGGCCAUCGCCAGCACAUGCUGCAGUACUAGUGUUUCCAACAACGCCGGACACUCGAUGUGACUCAGCCAGCCCGAUGCUGCUGGAUCGUCUGUUCCGAGCUGGCUGGUGGCUGUCGACGGAUUGGGCAAUAUACCACAUCGCCUCAGAUGUGAUUGUGUUCAUCGCGGAUGAGACCCUGUCAGUGGAUGAACCACGGGAGUAAUGGGCUGCAUGUGCAA